UUUAAAAUGAAUUUUGAUUUUAAGAUGAAAAAAUAGACGGAUGCGGAAACAAUUUGUCUGACAAUAAUUUAUUGUGAAUUUAUUCAUAGUGAAUGAGACUUUAUAUUUAAAUAAGAGAGGUCUCUCUGAAUUAACAGUGGUCGAAUACUUACAUUGGAUUUAUGUGUCUACGAAUUAGGAUCCGUCGAUUGGUUUUAUUUAAAUGAAAUUUGUGCGGCUAAAAUUAUUUUCUGUAAAACUGUGAUGAAGAAAUUAUAAACUUUAAAUUUUAAGACUAGGUUUAAUGAACGGCAACAAAACAAAAGGAAUUUUUUACAUAGGAAUAGCAGUAAAACAAAGGAGGUUUAUCUUGUAGAAUUUUGUUUUGCGUGUAGUGCGGCCCUUCUGCACUUACUAUUCAGACAUUUCUAGGAGUUUAAUUAUCAGAAGACAAUUUCAGACGUUAUCUUAAUCCGACGGUUCCUGGAAGAGAAUUCUGAAAAGCAAUGAAGACGGUUAUCAACUUAAGCCUUUUGGUUCUGAUUCUGGUCAUUAGAAUUUCAAAUUCAGCACCAUCAACCUACACUAUCAAAAGUUCCAGUGUGUGCUAUGGUUCAGAUCCUCACUGCACACGUCAUGCUUUAGGCUGUGGCGAAGUCACUUCUGUUAUUGGAAUAUUCCAAGGCGUAUACGGGUUUAAAGCGACUGGUUCGUUCUGUAGAGACGUUUCGGCCUGUUCAACAGUCAAUUCGGAAACUUGCUGCUCUAAACAGAAGGGUGAUUGUGAAGCUGUAUUUCGACCCAAUGAUAUAGAAACGUUGUACAAUAAUUGUUCUGGCCAGGCUACUUGCGCAUUCAAUGCUCCCAGAUUGACAGCCAAGUGUUCCACCCACACGUAUAGAAGUAUUUCUGUAUUUGCUGAUGUUAAAUAUACGUGUGUUAAAGAUACACAAAUAGUUUCAUUGGGAGACCGAAAAACCAUCAUCGGAGACCAGGUAUACGUUCAAUACCAACCCACGAAAUUAGAAACAGGGGCAGACAUCGUCGAAUGCCAGUGUUUAAUAGAUUCUAGAAAUCGUACUAGCGUUGAUAUAGACGUCUUCGCGCUAGAUAUCCGGCUAAAUUCCACCCAGGAACCAUUGUGUAGCAGUGUUAGUUUUAUAAAAAAUGGCGACGUGUUGCGAGACAUGUCGUGUCGUACGAGACUGUUCUAUCAUUCCUUUGAGUAUCUGUUGAGAACAUCGACGCCAUUACGAGCCAAGGUGGUCAUCAGUAAAACAAGUCUACCUAAAAACAUCUGGUUCGGCUUCAGAGGUUUAAAUGGAGAUGUUAGUUUAUCAUGUAGUUAUUUAUCACAGUUUAUUGAAACAGCAGCAGAUCAUAUAACCACACCAAGGGAAGUAACUCCUGCUGUACUAACCAGUCGGUCUCUCGAUCAUUUGUUUAUUCCGACGUCAACAAAACCAACAACAACUCAGCAUGAAGCACCAGCCACGACAAGAAUAAUAUCUUCGUCUCUACCCACUGGAAGAGUUAUAAUUGAAAAUAAUUUCACGACCCAUAGUUACAAUAUCACCCUGAACGAUUCUCGGUCAGAAGAUAACAUCACCAUAACAACCACAACACUACCAUAUCCGAAUAUUACAGCAGACAUAGGCAACACAUCAAUAAUCAGUGACGUACAAAAUAUUACCAAUGACGUUAACAACAUUACCAAUGACGUUAACAACGUUACCAAUGACGCGAACUACAAUAAAAAUGACGUCGCCAUGGAUAACCAUGAUUUAAAUUACGAUUUAGAGAAAGCUACUGACAAAAUAUAUGAGACGGUGAUUAUUAUUGGGAGUAUAUUUGGAGCGUCUGUUGUUUUAACAAGUUGUAUUGUAACCAUAUAUUGUUAUCUACAUCGACGACCAAGAGAUAAAAACGAAAUGUCUGAAAUAUUCCAAAUAGAAGAUGAAGACAGAGCAGCAUUUCAUGCGUACCACGUCAUUGAUCCCGCUUGCGUCACAAACUCAGACACGGACAGUAAAGAAUUUGUGACAUCACGUGACUUUUCAACUCAAUUCAUGAAUAGCGUUGAUAUAGAAUAUUCACAAAUAGAUGCCACUGAUGUCGCUAGUGAAAAUAUUUACGCUACCCCACAUAGAAUCAUAGAUCUUGAUAAACUAAGACAGAAUGACCAGUUUUUAACCACGGACAAUGAUUACUUCGAUCUGGAAACUGACACGACCCAAUCAAAUACUAAUGACGUCAUUAGUGGCUACGUCAGUGACGAUGGGUAUAGUCAUUUAAACCGGCACCAUAUUGUAUCUAGAACCGGAAAUGACUAUGACUCUAUAACACUCGGUGAAUUAAAGAGCACUGAUUUAUAAAGUGAAAGUAGUGGCUGUUUUAUUGGACGUACUAACUGGGUUGAACUUGAUUUAAUCGCCUGAAGCCAAAAUAAUAUUAUCAUGUAGUCCGUUAUUGCUAAUAAAUAUCAACUACAACCUU